GCCGGCCAGAGGGCGAUGCGGCGGGGGAGAAGGGGCAGGCCCCACCUCCUUUGUCCGCCCUGCCCUCCCAUUGGCCGGAGUGGGGGGCAGGGGGCGGAGACCAGCGCAGGGGCGGAGACCAGCUCGGGGGCGGAGCGGGGCUUCUCGCACCUGGGCAAAGCGGCACGCGCGCAGCGGGGCAGGUGCGCGGGGCCGCGGUCGAGCUCGGGCUGCCAGGCCCCGGCUCGCCGGUGUCAUGGACGGCCUGCGCCAGCGCUUGGAGCACUUUCUGGAACAAAGGAACUUGGCCACCGAAGCGCUAAGGGCGCUCGAAGCCAAGACAGGGGUCGACAAGCGGUACUUAGCCACGGGAGCCGCCACUCUGCUAAGCCUGUAUCUUCUGUUCGGCUUCGGGGCGUCUCUACUGUGCAAUGUAAUCGGAUUUGUGUACCCAGCAUAUGCUUCAAUCAAAGCUAUCGAGAGCCCAAGCAAAGAAGACGACACUGUGUGGCUCACCUACUGGGUGGUGUAUGGACUGUUCGGGCUGGCCGAGUUCUUCAGCGAUCUACUCCUGUCCUGGUUCCCUUUCUACUACGCGGGCAAGUGCGCCUUCCUGUUGUUCUGCAUGGUUCCCGGGCCCUGGAACGGGGCUCACAUGCUGUAUCAUCGCGCGAUACGGCCGCUGUUUCUAAAGCACCACGAGGCCGUGGACAGCGUCGUGAGAGACCUCGGCGGGAGAGCCCUGGACGUGGCAGUGGGAAUAACCCGGGACGCCCAAGCAAGCGUGACCCAGCCCCAGAAGGACAAGUGAAACCCUCGUCCAGCCGCUACGCAGACCUGCCGCCUGGCGAGCUGGGGGGCACAUCACACCCCAAGCCCUCCACGAACUCCUCGACCGACGCCUCGGGGGAGCCCCCCGCCAGCCCCGCCUCCCCGAGCAAGCCGCUCCCCGGGAGCGCCUCCCAGACCACCUCGGGCCAGUCCCCGCCGGACCCCCCGGCCGGCGGCUCCCGGCUGCCCUCCAAGUCCCAGAGCCGGCUUCGGCUCCGGGCACGGGCACGAGUGAGCUCCUCCGGCCAGCCGCGCCCCCAGUCAUCUGUCACCUCCUCGGGCCAACCCCAGCCGGCCCCCCAGCCCGCGGGCCCCAAGCAGCGCACCAGCACCUCCCCCAGCCAGGGUCCCCCCGUGGCGCAGCCCCCCGGGAAGGCCUCGGACGGGCCGGGGGAGCCGGCCCCCCAGGCCUCCAAGGGCAGCCCACCGCCCACCGGCAGCACCUCGGCGCCCCAGCUGCCGGCCCCCUCCCCGUGCGGGUCCUCGGCCGAGUACACGUCCGAGUCCACCACGGAGGUCACGUGCAGCUGGCCCCACCUCAGACACCGGCUUCGCUGCCUCCAGCACUGCUGGCGGCUGAAGCAUCUGGCCUGCUAGGGGGGCUCAAUAAAGCUCAUCCGACGA